AUGGCUGAAGAACCGGAUGCAUCGUUGAGUGAGAUGGAAGGUAUCCAAUCCAACGAUGGCACAGAAAAUGAUAGCUCUAAAUGGAUGUGGGGAGACUUGCCUCCUGAGGAUGAUCCUGCAUUUCAGGAAUUUCUACGCGUUUCUGGUAACUUCACUCCAACGACCAGGAAGCCCCCCUCGCUGGAAGACCUUGAGAAUUGCUGUGGCAUAUGGCCCGUACCGCCAGAAAAAGGCUUUUCAAACCACGCUUCUUUCGGUCAGGACGGAACCACGGCGAGCGUCUCGCGCUCGGGAGACAUCGUACAGAUCACCCGGUUCUUAGGCGCGGGCAAAUCUGGCAUUUUCUCCAUGGACCACAAAGACGUCAGCCAGCCAUACCUCGUCGUUUCGCGAGCUGCUGAACUCGAGAAACUCUCAUUCGCGCCAACUAAUAUCUACUCGUUUGGCAUUACCCUGGAUUUUGAUGUAUGGCCUGCUCCGGAAAGCAGGAGCGUCAAAUGGGUUAACUGGAAAUGGCCACGCUACGAAUGGCAGACGAAUGGGAUGAAGAUCAUUUUCCAGUAUAUGGUACGAGAUGGGGUUGUUCUACAUCAACUGCUUUUUAAGAAUCUCACCUCUGGCUUGAAGGAUCUUUGGGAGCUUCGUAUCGAUGGCAAACCGUACAUAAGAGACCUCGACUACUUGCGCUACAAUUCUGACGACUCCUCCAACGUCCACGGAUCAGGACCUCAUCAGUACGGCCGUGUGACAGUAAAAGAGAGCAUGGAAUACCAGGUAGCAGCCGUGCUCAAUGUGUUCGUCGAUGGCAAGAGAGCAAAACUGGAUGAACAUGGAUACUAUAAUCUGCAAACCCUAUCCGCUGCGGGCGGUGACGGCAACAGUCAUAUCAGGGAGAUUGUUCUUGCAUACAAACUAAGUUAUCAUCCCAAGAAAAAACCAUUUUGUUGGAAAGAUUCCAUGAUACCCGCCGAACAAGUCGAUGUCAACCAAUUUCUCGAGGAGGAAACUCGCGAAGGUUACAAGAAGACAAUGGACCCAGGUCUGUUCAAGGAUGUCUUGGACUUGCAUAAUCUCGCACCGGCUACGCAGGACAAAGAUCAGACAAGUCAAGAGAAAAGCACAAUCGUGGCACGGAGCAAUAUGGAAACCUGUUCACAGGCCGAACCGAGAUCGACAAGCCCUGGUGGGAGUCACACAGAGCCGACAUGGGCAGAACGGAUCGGGAAGAUUGGAUACUUGACGUGGCGACAUUUGGAACAUAUUCUAUCCGUCUGUGCUAUACCCUUCUCGCCAAGCCCAGCCCUUACUCUGUCGGAAGGGCAGAACACCUCUGACGCGCAUGACACACCAUCACUUGUGGCUUUGACCUGUGGAGACAUGUCAGGUCAUCGCAUUUCUACAUCAGCAAGCUUCUACUCUUUUACUUUCCUAAUCCACAUCGAAGAUCGACUGAAAAAGUACGGCGGGAACGAGGAAUACAUUUCUCAACUUCGGGCUAGAAUCAAAGACACUUGCGACGGACAUAUCAGGUGGCUUGAGCACUUGUUUGAGCAUCCAGGCGAGAGACACUGUAAUUCUGGCUGCUUCGCGGCGAAUUACUGGGUCACGGGUUGCGAAAUGCCCUUGGACAGUACUACAUGGCAACCCGACAAUGCUGUAACGGAUACAGCAUUCCAGAUUCUGAAGAUCACUGAGUAUAUCAGUACCUUUUGCAACGAUAAUCCACCCAAAGAAGUCGAAUCACUGUUGACCAAGCUGUUCGUAUCUUGGCUGCACACCCUUGAGAGGCUGGAUCCAAGAGCUAGAUUCGCAUGGCCUCACAAUAAAGAAGACGGAGUCAACAAAUUUCGACUUGAGGACAAUCUCUGGAUUUGGAAGGCGCUCCAAGCCAUGGAUAAAAGGAAAAUGUACUCACAGCUUCCAUUCUUCAGAACAGUCACUGGAAAACGCGACAAGCAGCGACGCGAAACAGUGUCAGAGGAGAACAAAAAAAUGAACAGAUUUCUUGAUCUAGUUGGACAGAAAGAAGACUUUCGCAAGAUAUCACUAUCUGCUGACCCGGAAAGGUCCUCUGAGAAAACAUUUGAGGAACUCUACGAGCGCUUUUAUCUCAUUCAGAAGCGGCUCGCUCCAAGCGACGUCCUCCGAGGCAUAUUGCAGCGCUUUACGAUCAUGAAUGAUGUCUUGGGCAAGCGUAUGCUGGCCCAACUAUGGGAUGACACAGUCAAUUCUCAGCCAUACCAUCCUGACAAUGAGGAAUACAGCUCCAAAUGGCUCAGUAUCAUGCGAUAUGCUUUGAGCAUUAUGAUGGGCAGCCAAGACAAAUCUCUUAACAGCAAGAAGCCAACUGAUGCGCAACGGGACUCGGUUGACACGCUACUAAGAUUCUUCGGCCACAAUGGCUUCCUUGGCGGGCAGCUAGGCGAGCAAACUCGACAACCGGUACUUUUUGACGCUGUGGAGGAUAGAGAUCCCUACUAUCAUGCCAGCUUUGAAAUCCUAUACGUUCUGCUUAUCUAUGCUGAGCGUCUUGGGCUGGAACCAGGUAUGAAGAAAUCAGCUGGUAGAGAGCAGGACAGCGAAAUAUCCGAUGUCCUUCAACAUGAUCAAGGUUUCUCGUCAUACUUUGCCGAGCGGCCAAAAAUACAGAAAGAACUUCAGCGCAAUUGGAUCAACAGCGUGUUGAAGGAGUCAAUGCCGUUCAACAACUUGAUCGAUACGAGUAACAUUUGCUCAAUCGACGAGGAAUGGCUGCUAAAUUACCCGGAGUUCCUAUCAGGCCUGAAAGUCAAUUUCGAAGACGUCGAGCAAAGAGAAGCCGCAGAUAUCAACACAUGGAUAACCGAUGCGAAGAAACAGAAACAGUAUGGCAAGCCACGCAAGCUUAAUCGAGAACCAUGGGACGAGUCCCCUGUCCAACAUUGCACCAACCAACGGCUAGAAGAAAUACUCGGAUCACCUCGAACAGCACGAAGCUCCAAAAAGAGGUUUAUCUGGCUGCACAAUGCCAACUCUGUGGCGAAAUCACUUUGCCAGGCUGCGACUGCUCCGGAAUUAGAGAAGCAGGCAAUGGUAGUUUUCUUUGAUCGCCACUUACAGGACGAGGCAAUUGUUUGGGAUGAUACGACAUUUGCUCUGAAUACAUGGCAGACCGAGGUGCAUCUCAAUUUCCACUUGCUAUGCGAAGAACACCUUCCCACGAGUCUAUGCCGCGCUUCAAUGAGUUAUCGAUUUCACGGUGACCUUGUUGACCGUCAUUGGACCUGUCACUUCAUCGAGUCUAAGUCUUGUGAUGGAAUGGUUCAGGAUCCGACGUCGGAAUUUUUGCGGGACGAUAUUUUCGACUCCUAUGAGAAGAGUAGAGACAAUUUCAAGGAAUGGUGGCAAAGAAAAAUCCUUGAAAUUCUUCUGCUUCAUCGAAUAUUGGACAAGUUCCUCACGAGCACUGACGACAUCUUGAACAAGAUGGAGAAGAUCUCUCAGGCCAACGAGAACACAGGCUUCCGGAUACCGACCGAAAAGACAAAGCUUCCCUCACAUGUACUCAGACUUCACGACGUGGAUAUACUCGAGAAAGUCGAAAACGAUUUGACAUCCACACUGGAGAGUCUUGAGAGAUGGAACAACAGGGAAAAGGACCGUGGCCAAGAGAAGCCCCGAUGGACACUCAACGACGAGAGAAAAUACCGGAAAAGAAUCCGAGAACUGCAAAGGUUGAUCGGACAAGAUCACAGUCACCUUCGAAAACAGAGAGAAGAAGUAUUGAAGCUGCAGAAACGACUCGAGCACAAAAAGGAGAAGCGGCGCAUUGAAAGGAAUUCACAUUCUGAGAGGAACAUUCGAUGGUUCACUUAUAUUACCAUUGUUUUCGCGCCUCUUUCAUUCGCAGAGGGAUUUUACAGCAUGAACGGAGCUCCGAGCCACCCACUGAUUGCGUCACUGGCCAAAUUCUCCUUCGCUGCUCUCACCGUCACCGGCAUGAUGAUUGUUGUCGUUAUCAACAUUGUACCUAUCCUGAAGAUAUGGAAGAACAGUUUCCUGGAAUAUGAUGACAAGAUGGAUGGGAAAUCUUUGGACAAGCUCGCAGAUUCAGUCCUGAAGCCUCUCGCCCGUGGUAUUUCAUACUCGGUGAGUCUUCAGGGACAUGGGGCGCUCUCCGGGAAGGUCGUAAUACGUUACACCUUUCGUCUCGUCUUUGGCGCGAUACUUGUGCUCCUGUUCAUCAUCUCUUGGUUGACACUGUGCUUCGUGCUCACUGCUCAAGAUCUAUAUCUCUUCUUCAGAUCGAAGUGGUCUCGGUCACCACCUUCCACGAAGCAUGAAGAGACCGAAAGCGUGGAGGGUGCUCAAGGAACUACGGCGCGUUCCUCCAUUGUUACGUUCCAACCAAGGUUGUUGAAGUUCUUACAUAAUGGCAGCAAACAGCAGGACCAUGCUACUUCAAAGGAAACAGCUGAUCAGUCACGCAACCAGACACCAGCGGGAAUGGUUUAAGCGCUUGGAGUCCCGCGGGCAUUUCUUUUUUAAUCAACUGGAUCAGCAUUAUGAGAAGCAAAAUAGAGACUAUUCAUAUUGUCCUGUCCCC